UUACGGGUCCUCUCCAAUUUGGGCCAAGACGAAAGAAUAAUUAGGGUUUUAGACUUUAGCAGGGAGAGAGAUAGACAGAGCGCGAGGGCGAGAGCGAGAGAGAUUGAGAGGGAGAGAGGAUGAGCCGAAGUUUAGGAAUACCAGUGAAGCUUCUACACGAAGCGGCGGGUCACAUUGUCACCGUGGAACUCAAAAGCGGCGAGCUCUACAGGGGCAGCAUGAUUGAAUGCGAAGACAAUUGGAAUUGUCAGCUCGAAAACAUCACUUUUACUGCAAAGGAUGGCAAGGUGUCACAACUUGAGCAUGUUUUCAUCCGAGGUAGCAAAGUCAGGUUCAUGGUGAUACCAGAUAUGCUAAAGAAUGCUCCGAUGUUCAAGCGUCUUGAAGCUAGAAUUAAGGGCAAGGGCUCUUCAAUUGGAGUUAGUAGGGGCCGUGCUGCAGGAAUGCGAGCUAGAGCACCUGCUGGUGGCCGUGGAGGUCCUCCUGGUAGGGGUGUUGUGCCCCCACUACGUAGGUAAACAGUAUUGUUCAAUUCUCAUCCUUGUUCUGAAGGCGCAUCCUUGCAGUUGUUUAAUAGCGUAGUACUUUAUUUUGCAAGCAAUUUUUAUAGACAAUUGUUGUCGGAGAACCAUUAGAACAUCUGAUAUUGCCCCAUUGCUCUGUUGUGUUGGGACAAUUGAUGGAACCAAUAUUGUCCAGAUUGUUAUAUGACAUCAGUGAUGUUUGGCUUCGUUCCUA